GUUGCCAACGCAAGGGAACGCGAAGAAAAGCACCUCAUCGCCGCUUUAAACGUCAGCCGGCAGCAGCCGAAAGCAAAGCUGGCCAACGAACCUCUCAAAUCCUGUCAAACGCCGUGUGUCGUCGAGCUGAGCAGAGCUACGCGAGUGUUGUGUGUCGAAAUCUCAACAUCCAAAAAGCAGUCGAAAGUUCUUUGGCUUCCCAUCUUUCCUGGUUCUUCUUCUCAAGUUCCCAACGGUUUGUCUUCUUUUUUUUCGCGUGUCAUGGAGCGAUUCGGAGUGCCACGCGGCAAGCGACCCAGGGUGCAGAUUUCGCUGGACGAUAAGGAGCGAGCCAUUGCCCGCAUCCGCGGUGGUGAGACCAAGGCAGGCAUCUCCCGGGAGCUCGGUGUCCCGGAGUCCACGGUGCGCGGCUGGGUCAAGCGAGCCGAGCAGCGGAUGGCCCGCGAGGCAGUGCAGCAGCCUGCUCCAGCUGCCAAUGGUUAUUCCUCGAUUCUGGCCAUUGCCCUGGCCAAGCCGCAGCUAACCAUUACCCAAGCAUCAGCUACUGCUGCGUCUUCUUCAUUGGAGUUGCCUCAAAAGCGAAACUACAAUGGUCAUACUGUGGGAUCUAAUCAUGUCCAGGCAGCUCCUUCCGUGACCGUGACCCCUCCCGUGCCACCUCCUCUGCCCUUUCCACUGCCUUCGUUUGAUUCUACGGACGGCGACUCACAGGUUCUGGGAUGGUUGGAAGUUUUCAAUGCCGGCAUCAUGAACUUCACCCUGAUCGCCACGGCUGCCCUGCUGCAGGCUCGUGCCCGCGGCAAAUCGGAUUCACAGCCACUGUGGCAGAUCAUCAGGGAUUACGCGGACGAGGCGGCUCGCAAUGUGGCCGCCAACGGGGGUCACUACAUAGAGAGCGCGGCUCCACCUGUCAUCAAAUCAAAGCCUCUGGUGACCAGACUGAUGAGAACGACUGCAAGUCCCAGACAUCGGCAGCUGCGCCCAAAUCGCAGCAGCAAGACCAAGGCGCCACUGCGCCUACACAUCACCGCCGAGGACGAUGAGGAUGGCUUUACGGAGAACGAAGUGGAGUUGUGAUUACAACGCUGGGAUCUAGGCGGUUUAUUUGUAGAAAAUGUC